AUGAUCGAUAGAUACCCAGGCAACUUAUGCCUCCUUGCACCGCCUGAUGAGGAGGAGGAUGAGCGGAAGAGCACCAAGGCCGUCUCCAAACUGCUGGACCCAGUAGAGCAUUUGGAGCAAUGGCGGGUCAUUUGUAUCGAUUUUCAUCGAUUCCGUGCCAAAUGUCCUGACAAAUGCAAGGAACUUAUUCGCCAGGGAAUUCCAGAGUUUUUGCGUGGCUCGGUUUGGCAGAAGCUUGCUCUGUCACGAGAGCUUUUGCAAAAGCACCCCAAGGAUAUCUACGAGCAGAUGAGACGAGCUGAAGCAGCCCCAUGCGAGGGCGACAUUGUCCGGGACAUCAACCGCACCUUCCCUAAACAUGUGCUCUAUCGAGAUAAGCAAGGUCUAGGUCAGCAGCAGCUAUUGAAUGUGCUUCGUGCAUAUUCAGUAUUCAAUGCAGAAGUUGGAUACUGUCAAGGCAUGGGGUUCAUCUGUGGUGUCUUGCUGAUGUAUAUGGGCGAGGAUGACGCUUUUCUAAUGCUGAUAUCGUUGCUCGAGAACUAUCGCAUGUCCGGGCUGUUCAUGCCGAACCUGCCACUCCUGAACAAGUAUUUUUUCCAGCUGCAAAGACUGCUGGAAAUGAAUCUGCCACACCUCUACGAGCAUCUUGCUGAGCAAGGUGUGGAGCCGACCAUGUAUGCUUCCCAGUGGUUCAUGACGGUCUGCAUCUACAACUUUCCUUUCUCAACUGUUGUGCGGGUCUGGGACAUCUUCCUGGCAGAGGGAGUGAAAAUCAUCUUUCGCAUUGCGCUGGCACUGCUGAAGCUGAACCAGGAUGCGUUGCUGAACCAAUCCUUCGAGCAAAUCUUGCAGACUCUGAAGCAGGCGCCCAGCGCGGUCGAAUCAGAGAUGCUCAUCAGAACAGCUCUCAACAUCAAGCUCAAGAACAAGACGCUCAAGGAUAUUGAGUCAGAGUGGCUCUCGCAAAUGACGCCCGGCCUCUGA